UGAUGAAGACAAAGAUGCAGGGCAAGAGGAGGGAGGGGAAGAUAAAGUUAAUGAGGAAGAUGAAUAUGAACCUGGCGCAGAUGAUCCAGAUUUUAUUGUAAGUCAUAGGAAAAUCAAAUAAAAAAAAUUUCCACUUUUUGUAACAUAUUAUUUUUAGCAAUAAAUUGUGUACCCUUGCUGCCUGCUUGAAAUUCUCAUCUUUGUCAAGUUGCAUGCUUCGUGAAAUUUAUUUGGUGCACCUCAUAUGAUUGCUGUAACAUUUUGAUAUUCAAUGUUAAUUUACAGUUGAGUGAAAAGCACUAUUUUGUAUCAGAAUAGUGAUACAUAGAUCUAAAUAUAGAUAAGGAGGAACUUAGAGAGAAGACAUUGUUAUUAAUUUAAUAGACAUUUCAAAAGGUCUGAUCAAAUGCUAUUCUUCUAAAAGAAAUGGAUGUAUUGUGACUGAAAUUCAAUGAAUCAUCAUUCUAUUAUUCCAUCGAUGUGAACUUAAUUCUCCAAAGUACCAUGGUUAACCCCCACAGCUGACAUUUAUUGAGAUUUCUGCAAUAGUCAUAUUAACUUAAAACAUAUACUGUUAAAUCAGUAUAUGAGGAAAGGUUGCAACUGCAAUAGUGCUGCACCUCAUAUGAUUACAAUAGUGCUGCACCUCAUAUGAUUACAAUAGUGCUGCACCUCAUAUGAUUACAAUAGUGCUGCACCUCAAAUGAUUACAAUAGCGCUGCAUAUCCUUGAUAAUAAACCAAUUAGAACUUAUUUAAUACAAGAUGUCACAUUUGCAUGGAAUAAAAAAAAAUUCAAUAAAAAAUCUGUUAUUUUUAAAGGCAGUUUAUUAAUUGACUCUUUUCAAGAUGGAUGCAGACUAUGACCCCACACAAGACUACAAAGCUGAAAAAAAGAAAAGCAAAAAGAAGAGAAGUGGUUUACCUGAAAAGCUUCCGUUAUUUGAUCCAUGUAAGUUUUCCCUGUGAUAUUACCUGCUGGCUAUUUCUAAAAGUAUUUUUUCAGUGACUCUGCUAGACAGACUCAUUACUAAAGCUUCUUGACUUGUGCAAAGUCAACCGAACAAAUCAUGUUUGAUGAUGAUAAUGACUGUGGUCAUGUGAUCUGUGCACCUUACACCCACAACGUAGAUCCUUUACUUUUGGGAGUAACAUUUUGUUUGCACCACCGAAAGUAGUCAUUGCAUACAUUACACUGCAUGUUUAUUUAUUGACUACAAUGAGACAGAAUUGUACUGUUUUGAGAUGUUAUAGUACUAUAUUAUACUAUACAAGGUGAUGUUGUACUUUUUUUGAGUAGGUAUAGUACUAUUUCCAGAUGGUAUUGCACUAUAUAAGACGAUAUUGUACUAUUUGAUAUGGUAUGAUAAUAUAUCUGAUGAUAUUGUACUAUUUUCAUAUGGUAUAGUUAUCUGAUGCUAUAUGGCACUGUAUGAGAUAAUACUGUACUAGUUCAUCUUGAAAUAGUACAAUGUUAUCUCUCAUAUUGUGGGUGCUAAGGGUAACCAGGGCUGCCUUAUUAGCUCUAACACAAAAGUAUUAACUUGCUUCAAAAGGAUAUAAUACAUGUUAAUUUUUACCAUUAGAUUCAAAUACAUGUUAAUUUUACCGUUAGAUUCAGUUCAAAUGGAUUGAAUGUGAAAUAAUAAAUCAAUAUCUUGAGAUUCAGCUUUAAAAAAAAAAGGAAUCAAAAUUCCCAACAUUUUUAUAUAGUAAUGAAUUUUUAUAAUCAACCGUUCGCUCAACAGCAACAAAAACAUUUGAUGAAUACAUAGAUGAGUACCUCAAGGAUAAAAUCGACACUAUCCCCUUCACAUACAGAGAAGUUGUCCCAAAUGAUUUUGGACUAACAACAGAAGAGGUAAAACCUGUAAACAUUCAUUUCUUUUAUGGAAACAAUGGUGCAUAAUCCUGAGUGAGGUAGAUGGUGAAUGUGGCAUAGGGAUAGAUAAUGAAUGUGGUGUACAGAUAGAUAACGAAGGUGGCUUUUCAUUGUAAGUCUUUUAACAGAUGAUCCGAUUAGUCAGUCUGGAUAUUUGCUUUGAACACAGGAUGGGCCAUUCCACAAAUGGCUCUUGUUCCUACUAAAGCUGGGCCAUUCCACAAAUGGCUCUUGUUCCUACUAAAGCUGGGCCAUUCCACAAAUGGCUCUUGUUCCUACUAAAGCUGGGCCAUUCCACAAAUGGCUCUUGUUCCUACUAAAGUCAUCUCAGGCACAAGUCUUACAUAAAAUAAAACUGACUUCACAUGACCCGUAUCAAUUCAAUUCCACAGAUUUUAACAGCACCAGAAAGGGAGCUGAACACAUGGGUGUCUGUGAAGAAGAUGAGCCAGUACAGGUCAAAACAGGAAGAAUUGUCGGAACGCCGCAAGUUUCUGGCAAGAGCUAGGAUCCCGAACAGGAAAUUGAAAGUUUUGCCUUCACUCACAGAAAAGGAGACUAAGUAAGUUAUGUCAAAAUAUUCUGAGUUUUCCUGGUCUUGUCAUCAGUGCUAUGGCAUAUCUGGCCUUGUCAUCAGUGCUAUGGCAUACCUGGCCUUGUCAUCAGUACUAUGGCAUGCCUGGCCUUGGUAUCAGUACUAUUGCAUACCUGGCCUUGUCAUCAGUACUAUUGCAUACCUGGCCUUGGCAUCAGUACUAUUGCAUACCUGGCCUUGUCAUCAGUACUAUUGCAUACCUGGCCUUGGCAUCAGUACUAUUGCAUACCUGGCCUUGUCAUCAGUAUUAUUGCAUACCUGGCCUUGGCAUCAGUACUAUGGCAUACCUGGUCUUGUCAUUGCUAUGUCAUACCUGGCCUUGUAUGUCUUCAUGCAAGCCACUUCCUCUAGUCAGUUUUUCAUAUUUUUCACAUUGUAACAUUGACAUGUACAGAAAAUAUUUAAUAGUGAUUUCCCCUUGCACAUCACAUGAUACUUAACUUGAUUUCUUUUAACAUCCUAACAUGCAUUUGUGACUUAACAUCCUACAUGCAUUUGUGACUUAACAUCUUAACAUGACUUUGUGACUUUAUGUCCUAACAUACAUUUGUGACUUAACAUCCUAACAUGCAUUUGUGACUUAACAUCCCAACAUGCAUUUGUGCCGUAACAUCCUAACAUGCAUUUGUGACUUAACAUCGUAACAUGCAUUUGUGACUUUAUGUCCUAACAUGCAUUUGUGACUUAACAUCCUAACAUGCAUUUGUGACUUAACAUCGUAACAUGCAUUUGUGACUUUAUGUCCUAACAUGCAUUUGUGACUUAACAUCCUAACAUGCAUUUGUGACUUAACAUCCUAACAUGCUUUUGUUACUUAACAUCCUACAAUGCAUUUGUGACUUAACAUCCUAUAAAUAUUUGUGACUUAACAUCCUGCCAUGAAUUGGAGACUAGGGCUUUUCAUUUCCUCUUAUUUAUUUGAGUUUCACCUAUUUCAUUUUCAAAAGCUGAACAAUUUUUUGUUUUUUAAAUACAUCAAUGCAAAAAAUGGCUAUCCAUUGUAAGAAGACUGUUCUUCUUCUGUCUUGCCAAAAGACAGACAUUGUCUUCCCUAUCAAUCACACAUGCCCCAGUGACAUGUUUAACAAAAUGACUCUACGGACUGCCAAAGCUGUCGGCCCAGUUUGUAAAUCAUAUACAUCUAGUUUAUAUCCACUAUCUGCAUCUAGUUUAUAUCCACUGUCUGCAUCUAGUUUAUAUCCACUAUCUGCAUCUAGUUUAUAUCCAAUAUCUGCAUCUAGUUUAUAUCCACUAUCUGCAUCUAGUUUAUAUCCACUAUCUGCAUCUAGUUUAUAUUCACUAUCUGCAUCUAGUUUAUAUCCACUAUCUGCAUCUAGUUUAUAUCCACUAUCUGCAUCUAGUUUAUAUCCACUAUCUGCAUCUAGUUUAUAUCCACUAUCUGCAUCUAGUUUAUAUCCACUAUCUGCAUCUAGUUUAUAUCCACUAUUCUGCACUCUCAUCGCCAGAUUUUCUUGAUUAACUAUUAACCCAAGUAUUAUUCUGACCAUGCCAGGAAAGCUAAGAAGAAAAAAAAGAAGAAAAGGAAAGUGGUCACUGAUGGUGUCAGCGAUGAUGCCCAGAUUUCUGACCCACACAUCGGCACGCCAGAUCCAGAUCCAGACACAGAAGAGAGUGAGAUCGCUAUUGCAGAGAAGGACCCCUCAAACACAGCCCCCAAAGGGGUAAAGAGAAAAAUGAAAGAUCAUUGCUCUUCUUUGAAUGACUUUGACAAAAAGCCGAAAAAACUAAAGAGCAAAACUGUAGAGAAUGUGGCAUCCAGUGCUUGGACCAAGGCCAAGAGAGCAGACGGGGAAGAAGUCAAAGGCAAGACGACAACAGCAUCAGCAGGUCCAACUUUGACGAAAGGCAUCAUCGGUCAAGCAGGGCCUUUGAAGAAAAGGUCAGGGGCGGCUAAACAAAGUUUACCAGAGGAGCAGAGUCGUUUGAAACAAGGGAAUAAAACAAAGAAGAAGAAGAAGAGUGUACCACCUACAACGGUGGGAGAACAGUCAGUGACCGUGGCUAAAAAGAAGAAGAAGAGUGUACCACCUACAACGGUGGGAGAACAGUCAGUGACCAUGGCUAAAAAGAAGAAGAAGAAAAUGUCAAUUAAAAUAGACGGCAAGUCAGGGGAUAAAGAGAUAAAAACCCUGGACAGUCGACAGCUGCAGCAUCAGCUGAGCAAGGUCAUGUCGGCAUCAAGGUUAAGUAAGUUCGGAAUCGGACCAAAUGCUGUUAAGAUAAAAAAGAAGAAGAAGAAGAAGAAGGCAAACGUGAGUUCAUAAUGUUCAUUCUGUUUGAC